CUCCCUGCCUGUGUGUGUACGCGCGGUGGACUGGUCCAGCAUCCCUGCGCAGGCAAUGGGGCAAAUAUAGAUGUGCAAAAAAUAUACAUAUAUCUAUCAAUUGAAAAUAUGUAAUCGUGGAAUACUUCUUCGGCGCUGGCAGCUUGCGAUGAGGGAAAGGGGGGGAAUGGGAGAUUGGAAUUUGUGCUGCACCUCUGUGGAGGAUGGAGAUAUGUAUUGUGAGAAGUAAUGCGGAAUAUUUCCCCUCGUAGGUGCUAACAGAGAAAAUACAAGAUGAAGAAGCAAUUCAAUCGGAUGCGACAGCUCGCCAACCAAACGGUGGGAAGGGCAGAAAAAACAGAGGUGUUGAGCGAAGACCUUCUACAGGUGGAGAAACGCCUAGAUCUGGUCAAGCAGGUGUCACACAGCACUCACAAAAAACUGAAUGCCUGCCUGCAGGGUCAGCAGGGGACUGAUAUGGAGAAGAGAUCUGUAAAGUCACCUUCUAAAAAAUUACCGCUUACCAUCUUGGCACAAUGCAUGGAAGAAGGGGCUGCAGUGUUGGGGGAAGACUCUCUCCUGGGAAAAAUGCUGAAGCUCUGUGGGGAGACAGAGGAGAAGCUGGCCCAGGAACUCAUUCAGUUUGAGUACCAGAUAGAGAGAGAUGUGGUGGAGCCUCUUUAUGUCCUUGCAGAGGUGGACAUUCCUAAUAUCCAGAAACAGAGGAAGCACUUAGCUAAACUUGUCCUGGACAUGGACUCAGCACGAACAAGAUAUCAACAGUCAUCCAAGUCAUCCAGUCACCCCAGCACUCUGCAACCCGGUGCCAAGUCUGAGUCCCUAAGAGAGGAGAUGGAGGAGACAGCCAAUCGGAUGGAGAUUUGCAGAGAUCAGUUGUCAGCAGAUAUGUACAAUUUCAUGGCCAAAGAAAUAGACUAUGCAAACUACUUCCAGACGCUGAUAGAAACGCAGGCAGAAUAUCACAGGAAGUCAUUAGAGAUUCUUCAUAGUGUCCUACCCCAGAUUAAAGCUCACCAAGAGGCGUGGGUGGAGAAGCCGUCGUAUGGCAAGUCUCUGGAGGAACACCUGAGUAUAAGUGGGAGAGAGAUUGCCUUCCCCAUCGAAGCCUGUGUCACCAUGUUGCUAGAGUGCGGCAUGCAAGAGGAGGGCCUCUUUAGAGUGGCUCCAUCAGCCUCCAAGCUGAAGAAGCUGAAAGCGUCCCUGGACUGUGGAGUUCUUGAUGUGCAGGAGUACUCCUCCGAUCCACACGCCAUCGCAGGGGCCCUGAAAUCAUACCUUCGUGAGCUCCCAGAUCCACUGAUGACCACUGAACUUUAUGAUGAAUGGAUUCAAGCCUCCAACAUUCAAGACAUGGACAAGAGACUACAGGCGUUGAUGGCAACAUGUGAAAAACUCCCCACGGACAACUUAAACAAUUUCAGAUAUUUGAUCAAAUUCUUAGCCAAGCUGAGUGAGUAUCAGGAUGCUAACAAGAUGACUCCUGGUAACAUGGCUAUUGUCCUUGGACCAAACUUGCUCUGGACACACAAUGAACCGAACAUGACAGAGAUGAUGACGACCGUGUCCCUACAGAUUGUUGGCAUCAUCGAGCCAAUCAUCCAGCAUGCUGACUGGUUCUUCCCUGGAGAGAUUGAGUUCAACUUGACAGGCAGCUAUGGAAGCCCAAUCCACACCAACCACAACUCCAACUACAGCUCUAUGCCCUCACCAGACAUGGACCAAUCCGAUCGCAAGCAGCAGCACGAUCAGAGUCGACGCCCACUGAGUGUCGCCACUGACAACAUGAUGCUGGAGUUUUACAAGAAAGAUGGCAUUAGGAAGAUACAAAGUAUGGGCGUCAGGGUUAUGGAUACCUCCUGGGUGUCUCGUAAGGGUUCAUCCACCCUGGCGCGUAAGGCUUCCUCCACUCCUCCAGGCAUGCAAGGCCCCGGCUCCCCUGCAGACACACUCAUCCCCGAGCAGCCCGGAGAGCUUGCCAUCUCUCCGUCUGCCACACCUCCACUUGGAGAAAGGGUUUGCUCAGACAACGUGUCGCUCAAUCGGCCGGACACCUCUCAUGCCCACCCGCCCCCAGGGGAGGACCGUCCACCCCCCCCUUACCCCACUUCUAUGUGCCACACUGCGCCCCACCACUUCUAUCCCAAACCCCCACCCUGCGCUCGCCCUGUGGCACCAGGUCCAGAGUCCCAGCCGCCUGGCUCACCCCCACCCCCAAUGCGCUGGUCUGGCUUCACUCCCCCUGUUCCUCCCCCUUCCUCCUCUUCCUCCUCCUCCUCCUCGUCACUUGACAUCAAUUCGAACCCCAAACCUAGCUGUCUUCACUUCCCCAAACACAGCCCGCCUGGUGACAUGUCGCAUGCCCCCCCACAAGACACUAAUGCUUCGCCCCUGUACGUCAAAACCCCCUUGGUACUAACCCGUCAUGACCAGAGCCUUGGCAACCCCCCUAGCCUCCCUUCAUCCGUGCCCCCGCCCCCGCCGUGGGCUGCCUGCCCCUGUGCCAGAGAGAGAGGACCCCCCAGGCUGACUAGUUCAUUGAAGAGUAAAGAGCUUUCCCCUGUAAUUGGACACAAAGCCAUCCAGGUCGCAGGUCCAACAGUACCCCCCAGCAGUAGCCCUCAAAGCAGCAGCCAGUCUCCCCACUCCACAGAGCACAGUCCACACACCCUGCGCAAAGGUUCCAAGAAGUUGGCUCCCGUGCCUCCUAAGGUCCCAUACGGCCAGUCUGGAGGGAUGUCUGACCAGUCCACAGGUCAGCCGUCACCAGUCAGCCUGUCCCCUACACCUCCUAGCACCCCUUCCCCUUAUGGACUGGCAUGUCCUCCAGGUCAAGUACCACCGUCCUCCCCUGGGCAGACCCCACUGGGUACACCCCACUCUCUUUCGUCCCCGCCUUCCCUGACGGGGACACUCACCAAGUCGCGGCCUGCCCCUAAGCCCAGGCAGAGACCCAGCCUGCCCCCUCCUCAGCCACCCAUAGCCCCUCCGGGGCUAACUGGCCCACCUGUGGCCCCAGUCCCUCAGCCCAUGGAGCAGGGCCUCCUGGAUGGACUGUCUCCUGGGGAGAGCAUGUCUACAGAUAUCUUCAAUUAUGAAAUCCCCUCCAUCAAUGUCAAUCUGGACAGCCUCAUCGAUGAGUUCAGCGGUGCCCCCUGCAGGAGGUCCAUGGCAGUGACAGAUCCAGAGGGGGAUGGUGUGCCUGAGGAGGAGCCCCAGAGCACCACUCUAUGACCUAUCACCCAUAGGCAUCAUUUCCAGAAUCCCUAUGGCUGUACAUACUCUUUAACUGUCUCCGCCAAGGCCCGAUGGAAACACACUGGCCGCACCAUUGCCAACCAGAAAAUGAACCCUCCCUCACAUCUGCUACAGGCUGCAAACAAACUGAACUUUUCCAACUGCUUGCUAGUAAAUUAGUGUGACUACAACUACCAAAAGAAAAAAAAAAAACACACCAAAAUGCCAUAGUGGAGGAACAGUUGCCUUUAGGAGGAAAGACUGGAAUUUAGAUGAGUAUUGCAUUAAAAAGAUUUUUUUUUUCUAAUUUCUUUUUAUAGCUUUGCUUUGUCGUUUAAUGCAGUGGUCUGUAUUUCUGUGUUUUCAAGUUUCUUUUUGCCUUAUUAGAACAUGCAAUCAAAUUGCAAUAUGAUAUUUGCAAGUUGUACAAUAUUUGGUUAGGGAAACUCAGAGCCUGACAUGGUUUGGAGCAAAGCCCAUCCUCAGGGUGAAACGGAAACACGGAGCGAGAGCGUAGUUUGGUUUUAUUGCUCACAGGGUAUUCAAGCUUUGUGCACAUUAGGAAUAUGCGGAGCCCCAGAGACAGGCUUUGCAUGCCAGAGUAACAUUUAACGUUGUUUUUCUUAGUGCCACUCCCCAUUUUAAAUUCCCCUCUUCUGUCGCAAGUACAGCUACAGUGCUCUGUCUGAAAUUUACCUUUAGGUGAACUCACUUUAACUCACUUUAUACCAGCACAGUAAGAGAAGAAUGUUAUUAUGAUUCAACUUUUUGUACUUCUUGCAUCCAUUAUUUAUUUAGAAAGAAAGCACCACGACGUGUUUGCAUGACAAGCCAAUAUCGAUCGACCUGCUUCUUACCAAGGGCCUGAGAAUGGCAGUGGUUUAUUUUGUGCGAGUGUUACUGUUGUUGUUCACACCGAAAAGUAACUUUAGUUCCCACCCCAGUGCUGUAACAGUGAGUGAUAACGGAUGGAUGACUACACUGCCUUUAGGUUCGUAUGUCUUUCUCUUUUAACUUUGUUUCAAGUGCUUCAGGUUCAGUGACCUUUGACCCCUUGUGUAAAUACAAAGACUGUACAUAAACUGAUGUAUAUAAGCUGAGAGGAAAACUAUAUGUAAAAUGCAUAUCUUGAAUAUAUAAUAAUGAUAUAUGUGCUGAUAUUUAUUGUGUAGAAAAUGUAAUGAUUAAAAAUUUGAUGUUA